CUAGGGCAUAUAGAAGAGAAAAGGGGCGGAGAAGCGAAGCAACGGGAAGAAAAAAUAUACCCUAUAUAGCUACUCUUUAUAAACCGCUCGCGAGAUAUAGCGGGAGUGAAAAUCAUGACCUUUAACUACACAUCUUCGGACGAGGAAGACAUGAUUCUAGACAUUGAACUUCUGAGCAGCUCCGAUGACAGCUCAGUGGAAGUAAUUAUGGAUGCGGUCGAGGGUGAGCUGGUGCAACAACAACAGCAAGAGGCUCCGUUGGAGGUGGAUCUAGUAUCAGAUUCGGAUGAGAUGGAUGCCUUGGAAUCGGAGUCCGAGGAUGUAGACUUCAGCUCAAUAGAUGAAGAUGAUUUGAUCGAGCAUGUACCAGAGGACCCUACAAUGGAGGAGGCUUACGAGAGCAUUGAUAUGGGGCUAGCUGUGCUGGAUGGGAUCGCGCAAUUGGAGCAUUUGGACGAGCUGACUCAAGCCGCGCAAAUGGAGCACAUCAAGGAGGUCUGUCUUCAACAGUUGUCGGGGGCCUCGAACACAUCGAACGAAUGGGCAGUCAUUGCCCCACUGCACACCAGCUCGGUGGUGAAUGUGCUGCGUCUGUGCUUCGGUCGCAUCAAUCGCAACGAGUAUCGCAUCUACGAUGCUACCAACGGCAAUGGGUAUUGCCCGAUCCCUGGGCCGCCGUUGGUAAUCGAAGGGUUGAGCACUAAGCCGUCGGGGCAGCUGGAGCCGCUGCUCGAUGGCUUGGCGCUCACGGAGACCUAUGUGCACCUCUUUCCGUACAGCUCUCUAUCGGAGUACGUGAAGCAAAUGAUCCAGGAGGAGACGGGCGCUGAUAUACCAGAGCUGUUAAACAACGCCGACAGCAAGAUGGGCAUUGAGCUACUUCCGGACGCAGAAAUGAACAUCAUGUGCGCCGGUCGCGGGGAUCGUGUGGGAAUUCAUUUCCGCUCAUGUACCCAAUCCAAAGAGCAGCAGAUGCUGAACGAGGAGAACAGCGGCACCAACAUCUUUGGCGAGCCAACUGUAGUCUCAAUGAUUAUUGCCAAGACGGAAGUCGUGCUCUCCAACCAGCAGAUUCAGCUGCUGGCCCAAAAUCCGGAGUCAAACAUCUAUCUCUAUGCCGACAGCAGCUGCAUCUACGUUCUCAACGGACGCAUUCUGUUCGAGACCACAGAGCUGACCCAGCACAUUCUGCCCAUCAGCAACAUUGAUCUGAUCCCCUUCUCUCCAUCAGAGCCCAUUUCCAUUGACUCGGACCCUGACGAUGAAUAAGGGGCCGAUGAUCGCAGACUGGAGAAUUCUACACUGAUUACCUUUAGUAAUGAUAAUUCAAGACUGAAAACACAAAACUGGAACACAGAAGACUGAAAAUGCAAGACUGAAAACGAAAAACUAACAAUAUUCAUAGAGAGAACUAAAUAUUGAACUGAAUGCUGAAUAAUAAUAAUGAACAAUACUGAAAAUAGAAGACUGGAAGACACGAAGGCAGAUGACAGAAGACACACGAAUCAAUCAAGGCAAAUAUUUGAGAUAUGUAGAUGCAUUUAUAGAUGUACAUGUGUAUACAUAAAUAGCUAAAUAUA